CCCACUGUUUUCUUGUUUUUACUCUUCUCUGCCCCUGACUUUUGAGUUUGGCCUCCCAGUGACAUUCCUUGCUCAGCUUUGGUUAGGCGAAAGGCAUUGAGGAGGCUAGAUAGAUGUUGAACCCUGAUUUCUCUUCUGGAACACAAGGAGAAAGGGGAUUAAGGAGUUUAACAGCAUUCGGUCAUAUGAUGAAUCCAUACACCAUUAAGAAACAGCCUUUGUACCAGAUUUUACAAAGACCACUUUUCCCACUACCUGAAACCUUACGUUACACAGCAAGAUACAUGUUUAUUCAAACACAAGAUACUCCAAAUCCCAACAGCUUAAAGUUUAUUCCAGGAAAACCAGUUCUUGAGACAAGGACCAUGGACUUUCCCACACCAGCUACAGCGUUUUGCUCCCCUCUGGCUAGGCAGUUAUUUAGGAUUGAAGGAGUAAAAAGUGUCUUCUUUGGACCGGAUUUCAUCACUGUCACAAAGGAAAGUGAAGAGUUAGACUGGAAUUUACUGAAACCAGAUAUUUAUGCAACGAUCAUGGACUUUUUCGCAUCUGGCUUACCCUUAGUUACGGAGGAAAUAUCUCCAGCAGAAGCAGGAUCUGAAGAGGAUGAUGAAGUUGUGGCAAUGAUUAAAGAAUUAUUAGAUACCAGAAUACGGCCAACUGUGCAGGAAGAUGGAGGAGAUGUCAUCUAUAAAGGCUUUGAAGAUGGCAUUGUACAGCUGAAACUUCAGGGCUCUUGCACCAGCUGCCCUAGUUCAAUUAUUACGCUGAAAAAUGGAAUUCAGAACAUGCUACAGUUUUAUAUUCCAGAAGUAGAAGGCGUGGAACAGGUUAUGGAUGAUGAAUCAGAUGAAAAAGAAGCAAAUGCACCUUGAAAUAUUUUAAUUUUCUUUGGGGCCAGCAGUUGUACUUGUCAUUAAUGUAUAUACCAAACUAUUUAGGAACUUGAGGGUUAAUAAAAUAUGCCCUUUCCUUAGAGAAUGAUAUGUAUAUAUCUUUAUCUCUCUCUCUCUCUUUCUCUUUCUCUAAUGUGUGUUUAUUUGACCUCAUAUGAGUUAUUUAUAACACUCUGAAUCAUUAUCUGUACAUGUGGAUUUUAUCCAGAGAUAUUUUUACUUUUGUUCUUCAUAUAUCAUGGUUGCUUCUUUGCAUAAUGUGUGAAACAAUUUAAAAUAUUUUCUUCUAAUUUAUUUACUUUUUAUUUUUGCAGAAGUAAAUGGGGAGAAAGUUUUAAAAUAUUCUAAACUGUCUUUUUUGUGAGACACUCGAAAACAUUUUUACUAAAAUUUCCCCUUGUUUAAAAGCAAAACUUAACAAUUCUGAUUUAAAAAUAGCAUCUAGCUAGUAAUUUCCCAAUGGAGAAGCACAUCUGAGAAUAAAUCUUUAAAAAAAAAUGAGAAACUGCUUUGGUCCCUCUUCCAUCGUUGACUUCUGACUCAGAGAUUUAUAAUCUAUGCCAUACUUGAAAUUUGGACAGUUACCUUUCAUGAUAAGGGUACUGUGUUUUCAGAUAGCCAAAAUAGAAAAUUAUCCUUCUCUCAAUUUUCUAUCGUAUUUCAGAGGCAUCACUUCACAUAUGAUAUCAGGAAAGGAUAGAUUGGGAAAUAACACUGUUUUAGUGCAUAUAGAGUUCUUAUCCCCAAAAGUAUGGAGAUUAAAUAAACAGAGAGAAC